CACUUUUCCAAAACAUCUCCACCAUAAACUGAAGCAUUUCUAACGUUUUUCUUCAUCUUCUAAUAAUGAAGUGGACUCUGUGCAGGUUGGUUCUGUGCUUAUCAGAUCUCAGCCUGAUAACUCUGCUCUUCUUCCUGCUCCCAAACAGCAGCUCCACUCUGUCCACACGUUUCCUGGUUCCUCCCCUUCAGAUCUGCACUCUGAAGAUGGGUGGAACCAACAUGUGGUGACGUGGAAGAGCUGCAGGAACACGUGAUUUGUAGAUCACAGCUCAGACUAGUUUCAGGAAGGAGGAAGUGAAAGUCACACAGUCGCUGGUAGUGAGAGGAGGAAUGGCUCAGAAAGGAGUUCAGCUGGACCGAGAAACCUUCUCUUGUUCCAUCUGUCUGGAUCUCCUGAAGGAUCCGGUCACUACUUCCUGUGGACACAGCUACUGUAUGAAGUGUAUUAAAGCCCACUGGGAUGGAGAGGACCAGAAGAGAAUCUACAGCUGCCCUCAGUGCAGGAAGACUUUCACAGCGAGGCCUGACCUGGAGAAAAACACCAUGUUAGCAGCUUUAGUGGAGCAGCUGAAGAAGACUGGACUCCAAGCUGCUGCUGCUGAUCACUGCUAUGCUGGACCUGAAGAUGUGGCCUGUGAUUCCUGUUCUGGUAGAAAACUGAAAGCCUUCAAGUCCUGUUUGUUCUGUUUGGCUUCUUUCUGUGAGAAUCACCUUCAGCCUCACUAUGAGUCUCCAACUUUUAAGAAACACCAGCUGGUGGAGCCCUCCAAGAACCUCCAGGAGAACAUCUGCUCUCGUCACGAUGAGGUGAAGAAGAUGUUCUGUCGUACUGAUCAGCAGUCUAUCUGUUAUCUCUGCUCUGUGGACCAACAUAAAGGCCACGACACGGUCUCAGCUGCAGCAGAAAGGACUGAGAGGCAGAAGAAGCUGGAGGUGAGUCGACUGAACAUCCAGCAGAGAAUCCAGGACAGACGGAAAGAUGUGAAGCUGCUUCAACAGGAGCUGAAGGGCAUCAAGGUCUCUGCUGAUAAAACAGUGGAGGACAGUGAGGAGAUGUUCACCCAGAUGAUCCAUCUGAUCCAGAACAGAAGCUCUGAGGUGGAGCAGCAGAUCAGAUCCCAGCAGAAGACCCAAGAGAGUCGAGUCAAAGAGCUCAAGGAGAAGCUGCAGCAGGAGAUCAGGGAUCUGGAGAGGAAAGAGGCUGAGCUGAAGCAGCUCUCAGAUACACCAGAUCACAGCCAGUUUCUCCACAACUACCCCUCAGUGUCAGCACUCAGUGAGUCCACACACUCAUCCAGCAUCAGCAUCCGUCCUCUGAGACACUUUGAGGACGUGACAGCAGCUGUGAAAGAGCUCAGAGGUAAAGUAGAGGACGUUCUGAAGGACACUUGGACAAACAUCUCACUGACACUCACUCAGCCAGACGUUUUACUGUCAGAACCAGAACCAGAACCAAAGACCAGAGCUGGAUUCAUGAGAUAUUCACGUCAAAUCACUCUGGAUCCAAACACAGCAAACAGAAAACUGUUAUUAUCUGAAGGGAACAGAAAAGUAACAUUUAUGGGUCAACAACAGUCUUAUCCUGAUCAUCCAGACAGAUUCACUGGACGGCCACAGGUUCUGAGUAGAGAGAGUCUGACUGGACGUUGUUACUGGGAGGUGGAGUGGAGAGAAGGACUAGGAGGAGUUGAUGUAUCAGUUUCAUACAAGAACAUCAGCAGAGCAGGAAGUGGGGAUGAAUGUGGAUUUGGAUUUAAUAACAAAUCUUGGGCAUUAGAUUGUUCCCAAAACUGUUAUGAAUUUUGGUACAACAAAACUAAAACUCCCGUCUCAGGUCCUCGGUCCUCCAGAGUAGGAGUUUAUCUGGAUCACAGAGCAGGUAUUCUGUCUUUCUACAGCGUCUCUGAAACCAUGACUCUCCUCCACAGAGUCCAGACCACAUUCACUGAGCCGCUACAUGCUGGACUUUACAUUUAUUAUGGAGCAAGUGCUGAGUUGUGUGAAGUGAAGUAGAGGGAGGUAACUGAAGGUGCAGUGAGUCUGAUUGUGUCUUUGCUUCUUGGACUCAUUUAGUCUCCAUCAUUGCUGCUCACAGCUCGUUGUUGUUUGGUUUCUACAGAGAUCAGCUGUGGAUCAAACAGUGAGCGUCAGCACUCCUUGGUCUUCUCCUUUCUUCUUCUGCUCCUCUCUGACUUUCUUCCAACUUUCUCCACUAAAAUGUGACUGUGAUUUGUGUGGAUGUUUCCAGCCCAGAUGUAGUUUGUGCUCUCAGUCGGUAGAGAGGAUUUCUUCCACAGGACCGACAAGUGGAAAGUGUGAUUUGAUCCAGUUUGGGUGUGCAGACGUUUGGUUGAGUCCCGACACUCAUCGGACAGCAGAUGUUGUGUGGUUGUGGACUUGAUGUUGAUUUUCCUGAAGGUGAAACUUCCCCAUGAGGCUGUGCUGUUGGUUGAGUGUGGAAGCAGCCACACGUUGAGUCUGCUUUGAAAGCAUCACCACACAACAAGUCAUGUUUGAUGGAGCUUUCUGUUGUUCCUGACAACUUUUCUGACUCGUCACUGAACCGCUGACUGAUGCAGUUUUUACACCUCAAAUAUUUAAACAUCAACAACAAACAGAAAAUGUGCAUCUGUGUCAGCUUCACACAGAAAUCACUCAAUUCUUGGUUUAUUUCCAACAUUUUAUUGUAAAUAUUUCCAUGUUUUCAUGUUUCAGCUUCUCAGAAACUAUUUUUCAUUUUAAAAUCUGCGUGGAAAUGUAACAGGAAGUGACUUUUAUUGUUUUCCUCUCAUUUGAAUUCAUGUUUCUUCAAUCCUGUGUCAGUGAUGCGUUUAAGGAACAGCUGAGGUGAUGGAAAACUCAGCUUUCUAUUCCAAUGUGCUUCAUGUUUCUUUGACAGAGAUCUAUGUACAGACUAUGUUGUAUUUGUGUUUUCUGGGGAAAUCUGAUCAUUUUAUUCAUCUCACAUGGUGAUGUGUCAUUUUGUUGCUUUGUUUUUGUCGUAUCUGAUCUGAGAUGUAUGUUGGGAUGUUUGUUGCUUCUUAGAAUAGAUGUAGUUUUUUGCUGAAGGAAGUCAUUUGUGGGAUUAGAUUGGGGAUCAUUAUGUCCAGGAAAUGAUAAUUGUUCUUUGGGGCUUGAAUGACUCUUUGGGUGUCUUAAUGAUGGGGGUUGUUCUGUAGAUGUCUUUUAAUUAAGAAACAUAUGUUGUGACCUCAUACUUGUCUAAAACAUUUAAAUAUGAUCUCAGAUUUUUGUUCAGGGAGAUUCAUUUGACCGGAUCCUCCCAGACAGUCUCUGUGUCUGAUCGAUGCUGUUCUUACUUAUAAUAAACUUAUUAUUAAGCAA